AUGGAGAAAAACACAGGAACCAGGGUUUUCAAGAAGACCUCACCGAAUGGAAAAAUCACUACCUAUCUCGGCAAGCGGGAUUUCAUCGAUCGAGGAGAUUAUGUCGAUCUUAUUGAUGGAAUGGUGCUUAUUGAUGAGGAUUAUGUGAAAGAAAACAAAACGGUCACCGCUCAUCUCUUGGCCGCUUUCCGAUACGGAAGAGAGGAUUUAGAUGUGUUGGGACUCACUUUCCGCAAAGAUCUUAUCAGUCAACAUUUUCAUGUGUUCCCUCCAGAUGAAUCGCAGCCAAAACGGCCGUUGACAAGACUACAAGAGCGUUUGAGAAAGAAACUCGGCCCAAACGCGUUUCCCUUUUGGUUUGAAGUGGCGCCAAGGAGUGCCAGCAGUGUCACAUUACAGCCAGCUCCUGGUGAUACUGGAAAGCCUUGUGGUGUUGACUAUGAGUUGAAAACGAUCGUUACCUCCGGUCCAGUGAAUGGAACCGAAACUGACAAGCCAAAGAAACACAACUCGGUGCGAUUAGCGAUUCGAAAAUUGACGUAUGCACCGCGAGAGCCGAGACCUCAACCAACAAAAGAUGUUUCAAAAGAGUUUAUGAUGAGUCCUGGAUUGUUGCAUAUGGAAUGCUCACUGGAUAAAGAGAUGUAUUAUCACGGAGAGACAAUCGCCGUCAACGUUCACCUCCAAAACAACAGCAACAAAACAGUCAAGAAGAUUAAAGUAUCUGUGGUUCAAGUCGCUGACAUUUGCCUCUUCACGACCGCCUCAUACUCUUGUGAAGUGGCUCGAGUCGAGAAUUGUGAGGGCUUCCCAGUGGGACCUGGAGCGACGAUCUCGAAAGUGCUCGGACUGACGCCUCUUCUCACCAACAAUAAGGACAAACGAGGACUCGCACUUGAUGGUCAAUUGAAACACGAGGACACGAAUCUCGCCUCGUCAACAAUCUAUGAUAUCGAAGCAAAAACUCCAAAAGAGAACCUUGGCAUCAUCGUACAGUACAAAGUGAGAGUUCGAGCGUUGAUACAAGGUCCACUCGGUGGAGAACUGACCGCCGAGUUGCCAUUCACUCUCACCCACUCGAAACCACCAGAGACACCGGAGAGAAAGGAUCGACCAUCGAUCGUUAACAUCGUUCACGCAAAUCCGAACAGUAACGACGAGGUGGCUGACAUCGAUCUCAUUCAACUUGAUGACAAAGAGGAGAGUGGAGGCGCUGAGGAUGAUGAUUUGAUUUUUGAGGAUUUUGCGCGUCUUCGAUUGAAAGCCGCUGAUUCGCAAGAGGAUCCGCUCAAA